CUUCGGGCUCGACAAAAGGCGCAUACAAAGAACUUCAAUGGGUCAGGGCUGCUCUCGCGAUGGCGGUUUAGGCUUUUAAGACUUCUUCUAUAUAUGUCUUCUAUGUUCGACUUUCACAUUCUGGUCAUAUGUGAUAAAUAUCUCAUGCCCAGAACUUGGUUAUUAUAUGAUUUUGCCCCCGAUUAAAAGAAAAUGCCGCCGCCCUCAUUACUCCAGCUUUGCACGGCAACUGCGAUCAGGAACGUCAAAUAUCUAAAUGAUAUCGGAAACAUCCCUUAUGCCCUUGCUCGUCCGUUCCUCCUCAAGGUGGAGAGUCCGGAGAAACUGAGAGCAUUGGAAAUCCAGUCGCCUCAUCUCAUGCGCGAUGACGAAGAAAUAUGGCGUGAAUUUAUCGAGCGGGACAUCCCAGAAUCGCACAGGGACGCUGUGCCCGAGAAGUCAGAUUGCUGGUAUGACGUAUAUCGCGAGCUUCAGGAAGAAGUACAACGGGCAGUUGAUGAGGAUGCAGAGAAACUCAAGAUGGCGCUGGAUGGGAUCAGCUCCGAGAGAGCCAAGCACAGUGCCAAAUUCAUUACGGACCGGCGCCUACCCGGUCAGAGGCCUACUGCGAAGCAGCGCUACGCUUCCUACGAUCGGAAGAUGGGCGGCAUCAAACCAGUAUUCACUCCCGCGAGGACUGGACUGGGCUCCUCAGAUCCGUUAGGAGCGCCUGCCUGGCAAUUCGAACGACCCUCCGUACCACGGGAGACAAAGAAGAAGAACAGCAUUUUCACCGCCACGAAGCGCAAUAGUGUGCUGGCCAUCCCAACAAAGCAGCUCAACAACAGAGCUUCGCAGGUCAGACAGGCUCCACGGUCCUUGAUUGAGGAACAUCGGCGUCCUGCCGAGCCUCCCGUCCCCCGCCGACGAGAUAACAUGGCUCUAGCUAUGAGGGCACCCGGACGGUCCCGGAUGCAGAGUGCUGCGGUUUCUGCAGGCCAGAAUAACCUAGCAGUCAACUCCACCCUCCGGGAUAGGGAAGCUCGACUCCGGGCAAUAGCCUCCGGACGACCAGCAGGCACUCUGGGGAUUUCGCCUGCUUCAGAAACCACGGCGCGGACUGCACGCCCAGGAGUGGCGGCAUCACCCUCUACGACAGAUGCAGGUGACUCGACCGCGCCUGGAGCCCGUCCUCCUAUGGUUCGGAAAAGACCUGCGCCCGCUAAUCCUUUCCUCCAACCCAAGAAGAAAAGAUUGAACUGACAUAUAAGUUGGUAUAUGAUAUUCGAAUAAUGAUUUCUUCUUUGAGCCAUAUAUAGACCGCUCUUAGACCUGGACCGUGCUGUCCUUUCCAAUAAUGGCUGGCAUCCCGCAUCCUUUUGACCGUCAUUCUAUUUGCCACUAUUCUAUUCCCAUGAUUUGCGUUUCUUCACCUUCCUCUUUUUUUUGGCCACCAGAGCGCACUUAGACAUGGUUGGCUUCAGAUUCAUCAAUGACCUUUUUCCAUCUGCUGGUGGUGGUCAUAUCUAGAACGGGUUUUAGGGCGAACGGGCUUGAACUUAUUCUCCGCACGAGGUCUAUGAAUUUAAUAUACUUUCUGC